AUGCUAAUUAGUCUUUUAAAAAAUCUGUUGAAAAUCUUGGAGAUCGUAAUUACAAUUGGUGGUAUCUAUACAAGUGAAUCCAGUACUGAAUCGUCAAGCUUAAAUAAAACAAUUGAUACAGAUUUCAAUAUUAAACAAGCAGCAGAAUUUAAAUUUGCACUUAUAGCAAAUGGACCUGUACAGGGAGACAACUCAAAAACUGUCUUAACUGAAUGGAUUACAACAAUAGAUAAAAAUUAUGCAGUGGUUAAGAGACAAAGUUCACCAUUAUAUGAAUUAUUUGAGAAACAAUAUCUACAACCAUCAUUUGGUGAACGAUUUCGGAAAGAUUAUGGUUCCCAACUUUCGGAUGUAGUUAGAAAUAUAAUUCUCACAUUUUAUGAAUAUAAUGUACAUCGUGAUUGCCUGAAUAUUAAUAGUGAGAAUUUUAAUCCAUCUGCAAAUUUACCGGAUGAAGACACUUGCAAUAUUGUUCCAGAUAAAUAUCGUUUUAGAGGACUUUUCACUGGAAAGUGUCUAGAAAUCAAAAAUAUCUUAGGAGGAGAUCACAACUGCAUCGCUAAUUACAGUCAAUAUGCUGUUUUUCAAAAUGUCGAUCCUCAGUUCAAUCUAUAUUUCUGUUAUAGUGAUGAACGUUUUUCUAUACAUCAAACACAACAUGCAUAUUUUGGAGGAAUUCAUACAAAUGUGUUUAAAAAUCCAGUAACACAAGAUUACAGUUGUCCACGAGAGUAUGAAGAAAUUCCUCUAGAAGUAGAUCACACGAAAAUUGUAUUUUGUUUAUCACGAGAUGUUACAUUACCUACAACAUCUAUGUACAAGUUUGGAGGAACAUUUUCACGUUGUAAUUAUUACAAUCCCAUGGCAAACGAGGUCGAUAUCGAUGAUCAAAUACCGCCUACUCGUCAUACGAGUGAAAUCCUAUUUAAAUAUACCGAUCCCAUCUAUUUUCAAGAUGGUUUGACGACUACCACACGUAACAAAGAAAUGACCUAUUGGUGUCUUCGACAUGUGCUAGCACUACCACCGAAUUAUCGUUUUUCAAAACGUCAAAUACAUGAACAAUAUUUGUUUUUCAAAAGUCUAUCGGAUUUCAAUGAACCAUCUGGUUUUCUCGAUCUCUGCAAUGCUGCCAUUGUUAUUGCUAGCCAUUUUGUUCAAGCAUUAUUGAUUACACAUGCUCAAUGUAAAUUAAAUACGGCACCUAGUAUCAAUUGCGCUAAUCAACCAUCUGCUUCUCAUGAUCGUGGUGGUAAUUGGCGUCAACAUCUUGUUCGCCCACCAAGACCCACCAACAUUGCCACUCCUCAGUAG